UUUGCUCUAAUGGUUUGACGCCAUCUUACUUCGCUCCUGGAGGAGAGAGGGAGCAGAACCCCCCCCGAUUUAUCGAGGAGGUGGAGUGUACUGCGGGUGAUUUAUACACGUUUUGUAUACGGAUUGUCUUCUAAAUUGUUUACUUCAGAGUGCUGGCGAAUAAAGGAGUAUCCAGCCGUUUCACACAGAUUAGGAAGCUGUGCUGGCAGCAGGCUGAGCGAGUAACAUGGCGACCCAGUCUGAUCUGAUGGAGCUGGACAUGGCGAUGGAGCCAGACCGCAAAGCAGCAGUCAGCAACUGGCAACAGCAAUCGUACCUGGACUCUGGUAUCCACUCUGGAGCCACCACAACUGCCCCUUCUCUCAGCGGGAAGGGCAAUCCAGAGGAUGAGGAUGUGGACAACCAGGUGCUGUAUGAGUGGGAACAGGGAUUCAAUCAGAACUUCAACCAGGACCAAGUGGCAGACAUUGAUGGCCAGUAUGCCAUGACCAGAGCCCAGAGAGUAAGGGCGGCCAUGUUUCCAGAAACACUGGAUGAAGGCAUGCAGAUCCCUUCCACACAGUUUGAUGGAGCACACCCUACCAAUGUUCAGCGCCUGGCUGAACCCUCACAGAUGCUCAAACAUGCAGUGGUCAAUCUCAUCAACUACCAGGACGAUGCAGAACUGGCCACACGUGCCAUCCCUGAACUUACAAAGCUACUCAAUGAUGAGGAUCAGGUUGUGGUAAAUAAAGCAGCAGUCAUGGUGCAUCAGCUGUCAAAGAAAGAGGCAUCGCGCCAUGCCAUCAUGCGCUCUCCUCAGAUGGUUUCAGCCAUAGUGAGGACGAUGCAGAACACCAAUGAUGUGGAAACAGCCAGAUGCACCGCCGGCACACUUCAUAACCUCUCCCAUCACAGAGAGGGGUUACUUGCUAUCUUCAAAUCAGGAGGAAUUCCUGCUCUUGUCAAAAUGCUUGGUUCUCCAGUGGACUCUGUACUGUUUUACGCCAUCACGACCCUUCACAACCUGCUACUACACCAGGAGGGAGCCAAGAUGGCUGUCCGUCUGGCUGGAGGCUUGCAGAAGAUGGUGGCCUUGUUAAACAAAACAAACGUCAAAUUCCUUGCCAUAACAACAGACUGCCUUCAGAUUCUGGCCUACGGCAAUCAAGAGAGCAAGCUUAUCAUCCUCGCUAGUGGAGGCCCCCAGGCUCUGGUCAAUAUUAUGAGGACGUACACAUAUGAGAAACUGCUGUGGACCACUAGCCGUGUGCUAAAAGUAUUGUCUGUAUGUUCCAGUAACAAGCCUGCCAUUGUUGAAGCUGGUGGUAUGCAGGCACUGGGUCUCCACCUCACAGACCCCAGUCAGCGACUGGUUCAGAACUGUCUGUGGACCCUCAGGAACCUCUCAGAUGCUGCCACCAAACAGACGUCCUUAGCUGAAGUAGAUGUGCUGCAGGAGGGCAUGGAGGGUCUGUUGGGCACGCUGGUUCAGCUCCUUGGUUCCGAUGACAUCAACGUAGUUACUUGUGCUGCUGGCAUCCUGUCCAACCUUACCUGCAACAACUACAAGAACAAAAUGAUGGUAUGCCAGGUGGGUGGCAUCGAGGCUUUGGUGCGUACAGUCCUGCGUGCUGGAGACCGGGAAGACAUUACUGAGCCGGCUAUCUGUGCCCUUCGCCACCUCACCUCCAGACAUCAGGAUGCAGAGAUGGCCCAGAAUGCAGUGCGACUGCACUAUGGUUUGCCAGUUGUUGUCAAACUCCUACACCCCCCUUCACAUUGGCCUCUUAUAAAGGCAACUGUUGGUUUGAUCCGUAAUCUGGCUCUGUGCCCUGCAAACCACGCACCUCUUAGGGAACAGGGUGCCAUCCCUCGAUUAGUCCAGCUGCUUGUCAGAGCCCAUCAAGACACCCAAAGACGCACCUCCAUGGGUGGCACACAACAACAGUUUGUGGAGGGAGUUCGUAUGGAGGAAAUUGUGGAGGGUUGCACUGGAGCAUUACACAUUCUUGCUAGAGACAUUCACAACAGGAUUGUCAUCAGAGGACUCAACACCAUUCCAUUGUUUGUCCAGCUGCUAUACUCCCCCAUUGAGAACAUUCAGCGUGUAGCUGCAGGCGUCCUUUGUGAGUUAGCCCAGGAUAAGGAGGCGGCCGAGGCCAUUGAGGCAGAGGGUGCUACUGCUCCUCUCACAGAGUUGCUUCACUCUAGAAAUGAGGGUGUUGCCACGUAUGCUGCAGCAGUGCUGUUCCGCAUGUCUGAGGAUAAACCCCAGGACUACAAGAAGAGGCUGUCUGUGGAGCUUACCAGUUCUCUUUUCAGGACUGAGCCCAUGACCUGGAACGAGACUGGAGACUUGGGUCUGGAUAUUGGUGCUCAGGGAGAACCUCUUGGCUACAGGCAGGAUGCUGUAUUGUCUGAUCUGAAUGAACCUGCAUUGUGAUUUGGCCUGUAGAGUUGCUGAGCGGUCUCAAGAGAGUGGGCUAGUUUCUCUGGAAGUGCCUGACACACUAAUACAAGCUGAGUUUCCUAUGGGAACACGAGCAAGUAAAACUUUUUGUUCUGGUCCUCAUUGGUCAGUUUUAACCGCAAACGAGUUUCGGUUGGGUGAGUGACUCAAAGAAAGCUCAAGAGGUGGAUCAUGAGAUGGAAUUUUCAACCUUAGCCUUGCCUGUAAUUUUAUUUUCUUUUUACAUUUUUAUUUUUAUUUUUUUAAGGAUUCUUGAGUCUAAUGGUACUUAUCUAGCUUGCUUUGAUACUUGUCUUUUAUUUUGCAGUAAUUUGUAUUCUUUUCAGAUCUCUCUCAUAGUGUUAAAUUAUAGUGGUAAUGCUCCAUCAAUUAAAAUUUUAUCAAGUUUAUGGUGUAGAACACUAAAUAAUCAGUUGAAUUGUAUUCUGAUCAAGUGUAACAUUGUGUAGCUUUUGUAUAAAACCAAGAAUGGGAGAAAUGGUCCAAAUAUCGGCUUUCUUGCUUUAAGAUCACUGUUUCCAGUGUCACAAAUGUUCCAAAGGGUCUGCAAUCAGAGGGGGCCAGUUAUUUUUAUUUUAUUUUUGUUUAUUUUUUUGUUUUUUUCCCUCCGUUUUUUGAUGGUAGCUAUAGAAGGUUUUGAAAAGAACCCCUAAUUAUUGUAGCCUGCUGUGUUUAUUGGAGACAUGGUUAUGACAUGGCUAAUCAAUAAAAUAAUGGACAAACUUAA